AUGACUCUCUUAACCGAGGACCAGCCUUGUAGGUUCUCCGGACCAGACAGCCCAGUCACAUCCCUGGAACACUAUCCAGUGGGCUCGGGGAUGAAAGAGGACUAUGUGGACAGCUUGGAACCGGCUGUGUUUGGAGUGGUGGAACCUCCGAAACGGUCCAGAGGAAGGCUUAUCAUGCAUGGCAUGGUUAUGUUUGGAAGGGAACUCUGCUACGCCGUCGAGGCGGCAUUUGUCACGCCAGUGUUGCUGAGCGUUGGACUCCCAAAGCGCUUGUAUAGCUUGGUGUGGCUGAUAAGCCCCAUUUUGGGCUUCGUCUUGCAGCCCGUCAUUGGCUCGGCAAGCGACUACUGUAGGUCUCCGUGGGGCCGAAGGAGGCCGUAUAUACUGUUACUGGGAAUUAUAAUGUUGGUGGGGUUAACUUUGUUUCUAAAUGGAGAUGCUGUGACAUCAGCGGCGGUACAGGACAGAGAUGUUAAAAUGACAUGGGCAAUCGUCGUAGUCAUGUUCGGAGUGGUGAUGUUUGAUUUUGCGGCAGAUUUCAUUGAUGGACCCAUCAAAGCCUAUUUGUUUGAUGUUUGUUCUCACCGGGACAAAGAAAGAGGUCUGCAUUAUCACGCCAUACUCACAGGUCUAGGUGGAGCUUGUGGAUACCUGAUCGGAGCCAUGGACUGGGGUCACUCUGCUCUAGGUCUCCUGCUAGGCUCAGAGUACCAAGUCAUCUACUUUUUCUCAUCGUUGACCUGGGGCUUAUUUCUCACAAUCCACCUUUUCAGCAUCCCAGAGACACCGCUGAAAAAAGACCACAGUUCAGACUCGCCCAGCUCUCUGCUCCUGGAAGUCCCGCACAACGGGGGAUACGGCUCACUAUCCAAAGAGCUUCCGUCACUUCCUGAGAUGCGUCAGCGCUCCUUCUCUGCUCUCAGUGAAGCGAAUGCAGUUACACCCAGUGCCAAGCAGCCAAAUGGCGAGGUUCAGAAAAGGAUGACCCUUAAAUCGUUGCUGUCAGCCAUGAUUAGCAUGCCCAGCCAUUAUCGCUGUCUGUGCAUGAGUCAUCUUCUGGGCUGGACGGCCUUUCUGUGCAACAUGCUCUUCUUUACUGACUUCAUGGGGCAGAUCGUUUAUAAGGGGAACCCGUACGCCGAGCAUAAUUCCACCUCCUAUGCUACUUACGAGAGAGGAGUUGAGGUGGGCUGCUGGGGCUUGUGCAUCAACGCCGUCUCCUCUGCUCUCUAUUCAUAUGUGCAGAGGUUGCUCCUUCCAUACAUCGGACUAAAGGGACUAUACUUCCUAGGCUACUUUGUGUUCGGUAUGGGAACCGGUCUGAUCGGACUGUUUCCGAACGUCAUCGCCACCCUGACACUGUGUUGUGUGUUUGGAGUGAUGUCAAGCACUCUCUACACCAUCCCAUACAACCUCAUCUCUGAAUACCACAAGGUGGAAGAGGAGCAGAGAAAAUUGGGAGGUGAUGACACAGCGUUUGAGAGCCGUGGCACUGGCAUGGACUGCGCGGCUCUUACCUGUAUGGUACAGCUGGCCCAGGUCAUAGUGGGUGCUGGACUCGGAGCCCUGGUCAACCUGGCAGGCAGUGUGACUGUGGUGGUGCUUUCUGCUUCGACAGUGUCCCUAAUUGGCUGUCUUUUUAUUGCUGUUUUCAUGUAA